AUGAAUCAGGGCUUAUCCCUCUUGGUAACCAUGGGGAUUAUACUUUCUGUGGAGGUAUGUGCCUACAAAAAUGGAGAAGUGAUCAUUGAUACUGCUGCUGGGGUGCUUGGAAGAUAUGAUCCUCGACCAGUUCAGCCUGAUAGCUUAUUUCCUGUUUUUUCUGUUACAAAGGGUAUCACAGCAGGAAUGUUGCAUUGGCUGGUCGACAAGGG